AGAAGGCUCGUCAAGAAGCGUGUCUUUUGUCGUCUUUUAUUUCCUGUGAACAGCGUAGUUUUCACACACGCAUUUCUGAGACAAGUAUGCGCAACAGCUAUUCUCUGUCUUAGAGCACAGUCAGUAGGUUCAGAUACAUUUGAGCUACUACAGGUUUCUUCUUUUGUGUGUGUAUUUUCUUCUUGAUCUGCUUUACAAACAUAGAGCAUAUUACCAUGGCCGCACUACCUGAAUUUUUCAUCCCUAACCACGUAGCUGAUUUAGAAGAUGCAGCUGUGAACGGUGACAAUCGCUAUCAUGUAGAAGCGGCCUGCGAGUUUGACGUCCCUGCUCGUCAUCAGCUGGAUGAUCUCACUCGCCUCUUCGACGCGUUGCAUCAUGAGAAAUCUCCUACUGCUCUCUUUACGAAACAUGAGCUUUUCUUGCCUCUCUACUCGUAUGUGAAAGCAAUUCGCAGUAAGUCGAGUCUUUCCAGCGAGGUCACUCGGGUGGCGCGACACAAAAUUUGCCACGAAGUCGGGGAACGUCUACGAAAACUGCUGCAGGUUGCUGUGGCUUUUCUGAAAAAGCAAAAGCCCGGUAGUACGGUCAAUGGCGCUCUCGAAAUUUGUCUGCGCUCUACGCUGAAAAUGUAUGUGUUCGUCGUGUGCAAUGUGUUACUUUCUGCCGCGCCUUCCGACGACGACGAACCUUCCGGGACGUUUUCUCAGCGCUCCCAUCGCAAACGCCCUCGACGAGACAUGGACACAAGCUUCGGCGACGACGGAAGUGGCGUAGACAUGGACGGACGUGAAUUGGUCUUGACGGCACUGGUUGAUUUUUGUUCUCCCGAGGUUGUUCAGCUUUGGCCAGACAGCCGCCUGGAGGAUUUGACGUUGAACUUGGUGGUCAAGACGUGUCUUCACAUGGUGACGUUGAAGCAGAACAUUGGCAGCGACGGGCAGUCCAUCGCAGGCGCAUUGGCUUUGCUGUUUGCGCGGACAAGCAGCUGCAUUUUGGCGAAGAACAGCUCUUCCAUCCCUUCAGAUCUCAUCUCCCCGCUUGUGGAGUUGGCGCUCAAGUCUGAGAGCGCUGCUCUAUUUCUUUCAAAACUCGUUUCAGACAUUGAACAGAGCGAGACAAGCGGCGCUUUCGGCGAUCAGCUCCUCCGUUCCAUUUUCGAGCACAUGUCACGAGCUGCUCUCUACGAGGCGUCCAGUGACGUCGCAGCAGCCAAAAACGUGGCCUGCUUUUUUAGCGAGGUCGCAAAGCGCAGCAUCAGUGUGAUGGUGAGGAUGGCGGACCUGGUCCUUCCUGUUCUGCAAAGCGAGAAUUACGAUAUCAGGAAAUCAGUGAUCACUUGCCUUGCGGAAAUGGUAAUCCAACGUUACACAGGACACGCACGCAACUCGGAUGACGACGUUGUGCGCAGCUCGUACCUGAACGAGCUGCUUUUCCGUGUCAUGGACGUCAACGCCUUUGUGCGCAAUCACGCGCUGCACACCUGGGAGAAACUGGUAGAAGGUCGAGCGGUGCCGAAGCGCUACCACCUGGCGCUGAUGGAGACCUUGGUUGGCAGGCUAGAGGAUCGCAACUAUCUUGUGCGUGACUCCGCCAUGACGGUCAUCUCUUCUGUACUCAAGAAAAACUGGUUUGGAAAUGUGCUUAACAGCGCCUUGGUCAAGGCGAAGGUGGAGGAGUCCAUGAUCGAGGGUGUCUCGUUGUUCGGCGAAGCCGCUGCGAUGAGCGCCGCGCUGGAGAAGCUGGCCUCACAGUUUCAUCCUCUCGCUGAAGUGCUUGAAGAUCCGCUGGAGAAUAAUGACGAACGGGCGGCAGCGGUGGAGCAACGAAGGGAGCGCGAACACGAGGAGGCGCCGCUAACGGAAGAACAAGUGGCCACACUGAAUCGAAUCGUGUUUUACCAAAAUACACUCGCUUUUGUGGAGCUGAUCAAGAAGGCUCUGCAGUACGCGUGCGUCUUGCUCGACAGCAGAACGGAACGAGACGUGAUUGAAUCGAUCAAGCUGAUCGUCGCAUGCUCUGAAUACCGUGUGGAAGGGGGAGAAACGGCGUUCCUCAAAGUCAUCGUCAUGGUCUUUGAGGGGGAAAUGAAAAUUCAGUUCGCGGUCCGUGACGCUUUUACAGAGGUCGUCUUCAACGCGUUCAACCGCGCGGUUGUCUCGACUGGGACGCGGGCGGCCGCGAGCGCGCAAAAGCUCAUCAGCCUCCUGCGUUACGCCUCGGAGGGCGAGGUGAGCGCGGUGGAUCGUAUUUUCGGCCUGCUGAAGGUGAACCCGGCCUUUGCGCGCCAUCUCUCUCCUCAGUUUGUGGAAGCCAUUUGGAGCAUCGCAGAAGGCUCCAUCGAUGCCGACUCCACCGAUGACGAUCGCCGGGUGGCCAUGCGCAUCUACAGUCUCCUCAGCAAGUACGUUUGGAAGGACUUGCGCACGCGCAACGACAGCGUCGUCGAGUUUCUCUGCUCCGACUCCCAAAAAGACAACAUAUUGCUCUCCUACGUCUUUGCCGCCCUCCAAAACGAGUCCCUCGACCCGCAGUUUCGGCCGAUACCCGCCGACGAAGACGUUACGCGGCACCCCAUUCUUCGCCACGUCCUCAACCACCUGUGUCGCCGCACUACCGGGAUGGCGUCAUGGAUGAUUCUCGCCGAGGCCGCCGUCAACGUGCUUCACCACCUCUGCGAGGUGCCAGUGACGGUGUACAACUACGUAUUGGAGUACUACGGCGCCCGCCCCAACCUCGACGAGGAACCAAACCGGAGAGCGCAGUUUCUCUUUCUCCUCGGCCACACGGCCCUCAAGCAGCUUGUCGCGGUGGAGCAGGCGGAGAAGAUGGAGUUGAAGGCGCUGGAAGAGCCCGCCAAAGCCGCGCGGGCCUCACAGCACACAAAAGACGCCACGGAUUCGAUGCACAAAGAAUUGGGACUGGGCUCGCACGAGUUUCAGAGACACAAUAUACAGCAGCUGGCACUGAAGCGGAAGCUGGCGAUCAUCGCGCCUGGAUCCGUUUGGUUCCGCUACACCGACAUGAUCGUAUCCGCCUGCCGCAAAAAGGCCACCAUCUUCGCAGAGAAGCCCUACGAACGAGUCUGCGCUGUGUUAGCGUUAUGCCAGUACAUGAUUGUCAACGCGACAUUUUGUGCGGAGCAGUUGAACCUGUUGUUCACCAUCGUCGCCGACAAGCGCGAGUCCUGGAUUACGAAGGUGAACAUCGUCAUCGCACUCGGCGACCUUGCGUGCGUCCACCCCAACCUUCUCGCACCCUACCUUAGCGUCCCCACCACUGGACUAUUCAAGCUGUUGGUCGACGACGACGUCCGCGUGCGUGCCGUGACAAUUCAGGUGUGCUCGCACCUCGUGCUAGGCGAGAUGCUGCGCAUCCGGGAUCACCUGUACACUAUCGUGGAGCUGGUUGCCGACCCCGACAAGGCGAUCGCCAGCAACGCCGUCACCUUCGUUCAGAAUUUGGCGAUGAAGGAGAAGGAGAGGACCGGCAACCUUAUCCCGCCGCUGGUGAGCAAGCUCAGCAGUCGAAUGCCAGCGGAGAAGUUCCAGCUUGCAAUGCGGACGCUGCUGGAGCGCGUCGAAGGUGACAAACCGACUGAGUCGCUGAUUGAACGCCUCUGCCAGCGAUUCACACCGUACGCUGAGCGCAGCAAGAAGAAGCACGCGCUGGCGCAGAAUAUCGCGUUCUGCCUGAACGAGCUGAACUACACAACGCAGCGCGCUACAGGACGUCUUACUUCCGAGCCCUGCUACCAGCAGUACAAGCACUGGCUGCGCAGCCCCGAGGUGUACGAGUACUUCAAGUGCAUUGCGGCCAAAGUGAAAAAGCAGGGCCGCGGCGGCCCGGAACGCAGAGAUCGCGCAUCCAUAGAGGAGUGGGAAGCUCGUAUGCAGGUAGACUCAUGCACGGAGGUCGACGACGAUGAGGAAAGGCCGGCUGUCGGAGCUGGUACAGAUGUUGUGGAUGACGCUGCCGAUGAGUAA